AUGGGCCCCUUACCACCCCUUUUCUCCUCCGAAUCGAAUGAUUCAUGGAAGAAAACAUCUGUUGCCGCGUUCGGUGAAUUUGUUGGAACGUUCAUGUUCCUCUUCUUUUCAUUUGCAGGAUGCCAAAUUGCGAAUAUGUCGGUAGACCCUGCAAAUGCUGGGUCAGGUCCUGAUCCCACCGUCUUGACCUAUAUAUCAUUGUCAUUUGGUACCGCGUUGGCUGUAAAUGUCUGGGUAUUCUAUAGGGUUACUGGAGGGAUGUUUAACCCGGCGGUUUCUCUGGCCCUUGCAUUGGUUGGCGCUGUCAGCCCUGUUCGAGCUGCAUUGGUCUCCAUUGCCCAGGUUGUUGCAGGAAUUGCCGCCGCUGGCGUGGUAUCUGCUCUCUUCCCGGGGCCCCUGGUGGUCCAAACCAAACUCGGAGGAGGAACUUCAAUCAUCCAAGGCCUGUUCAUUGAGAUGUUCUUGACCGCCCAGCUCAUAAUCACAAUCCUGAUGUUGGCCGUUGUCAAGCACCGAGCAACCUUCCUUGCUCCAUUAGGCAUUGGCCUAGCCCUCUUCAUUACACAGAUCAGCGGUGUUUAUUUCACUGGCGCAUCUCUCAACCCCGCCCGUUCUUUCGGCCCUGAUAUUAUUGCGGGAGCAUUCCCAGGAUAUCAUUGGAUUUACUGGGUCGGACCCCUGCUUGGCUCCCUCCUUGCAACCGCGUUUUACCAUGGCCUCAACGUCCUACGAUACCAAAACGUUAACCCCGGCCAGGAUUUCGACGGUAUCGGAUCAGAGCUCAUGGGGAAUCCUGAGAGGGCUGAGUAA